CGAUCUGUAACGCUAAUCAGGUUUGCGACGGCGUCUUUUUUACCGUCUACACUAGCGCGGCGCAGUUCGUUGCAUGGUUCGGUUCCCAGUGUUGUUACAUAUCUGUACAUGGCUUAAGAUUCGCACCACUACACUACUCAUUGGUGCAUAUUUAUCUUAUCUCUCACCAGAGUGCCUUUUAUUAAGUAAUGGAAAACUCAAAGCAACAUUUGCCAUUCCUUUAAUAUAUUUUUUAAUAAGAUAAAUGAUUGGUUAGGUACUCGAGUAAUUCCAGUCUAGGAUCUAGUAUUUGUUUAAGUGAACCAAGCUGCUGAACUAACUAUUUCUCUGUACAAUGCCUCUCGAAAAAACGGACGGACGGUUGAAAAUAUAAUAAUUAUUUUUCCAAGGAAGGAAGCUUCCUUGUUUUUAGUUAGAUUGAGGAUUGACCAAACAGCAAUAAAGAGGUUUGUUGGUUAAAUAGUAGUAGCCAAUUUACGAAGUCGCGUCCAGCCAAACCUUUGAUGGUUCAUAUCUACAGAAUUACAGCUACAUUCACCACCUGGGACAUGGGGCAAAUUGCAAUGCUGUUCGUAGCUGACUUUAGCCAUCACGUGUGUUGUGCGUUGACGUUAUGAAUGUAAUUUGUCAGUGAUGUCAUACUUGUCACGUGCUUGUCACUAUUAAAAGUAAAAUUUGAAAACAAAUAUCUUGAAGAGGUAUUUUUGGGUCUUGGUAAAUUCUACAACAAAUAAUGACAAAAUCGGGCCUGCCUGUAAUAGACAGAAUAUCACUUGAAUUAGGAGCACAAGAGCCAUGGCCCAAAGAUGUGGAACUGUAUCAGCCCUACGAAGUAGAGCAAAUCCUGCUACCAGACAACGCAAACUGCCUAGCUGUACAAGCCUUCUUAAAAAUGUGUCACCUAGAUUAUAAAGUAGUACAUAAAGAAAAUGCUGAAGCAAUGUCCCCUACAUUAAAGGUGCCAUUUAUCAAAGCCGGAAGAUUUGUUAUAGCUGAGUUAGAAGGGAUUGUGCAAUUUGUAAAUGGCAAAGGGAUCACAUUAACAGAGAAGCUGGACAAUGAACAGAAGGCUGACAUGAGAGCAUUUAUGUCAUUGAUACACAAUGUUAUUGAAAAUGCAGAGUUAUACAUUUGUUGGGUGGAUAAAGAGACGUACAAUGAAGUAACUAGUGUGCGACAUGGCUCUGUAUAUCCAUGGCCACUAAACCACAUCCAAAAUUGGGAAAAACGUAGUCAAGUUAUCAAGAAACUUAAAGCUCUUGACUGGUACAACAAAACACUCGAAGACGUUUUCUCGGAAGUGGAAACUUGUUGUGAAGCUCUCAAUACUCGAUUAGAUGGAAAACCAUACUUUUUUGAGGAAGGACCAACUGAAUUGGAUGCCUUGGUGUUUGGUCACCUCUUUACAAUCUUGACGACACCAUUGCCAAGGAGCGAUCUAGCCAAUACUGUAAGAAACUAUCCUAAAUUGAUAGAACUUGUACAAAGAAUUGAAAAAGAGUAUUUUAAGAAACAAGCGAAGCAUUAACUCAAAAUUUUCAGUCAAUCAUGUAAAUCUAAGAUUUGUAAAUAACACGAAUUCACCUCAUAUUUGUGGAUUUCCUCCUUAUGUUUUUUGUUUUAUUUACUAACAAAUAAAUAUAUAUUCAACUGUUUAUAUUGUUCAGUUAAAAAAAGAUGAAGAACCUUAGCUUAGGUUAUAUUGACCUCUAUGGCAUCGAUGGAUUUCAACUUAUAAAUCUCUGACUUGAGAAACCACAACAAAGUCUAUUUGUGUAUAGAAGGCGCAGGAGUAUCAGCAUGGUAAUAAAAACAAUAUCAGUAUCAA